AGACAAAACAUCCUCCAGCGGUGGCGGAUCUAUUGACUUAUCCACGUUAAGCUGUUUACCGCACCCUAGCACGUUCUGCCUCCCAGGUUCAAACGUUUCAUGUAGGGGGGCUAAGCAUCAUAGAACCUCUAAUGCAUAAGGCACGGACCAAGCGUGGUUUUUUAUUGGGGUUGGUAAGCUAGCUUCUUGGGAUAUUAUUCGCUGGGUUCCGCUAUAUCUAGAGAGGAAGAAAUUUCAUCCUCGUUCUCGCCGCUACAAUCUCAAUCAGCCUGUCAUACACAGUAAAAAUGCCCAUCAGCAAGAAAGCCAGAAUUCAACGCGAGCACAAGGCCGCCGAAAAGGCUGGCACUCGCAUCCCUCAUAAGCCAAAUGGACUCCCUGUCAAGGCUCCCAAGCCCACAUCAAUUUGCCAAAACUGUCGCAAGGAGAUUGUCAACACCAACAAGGUCCAGCUCGAGGUUCACGCUGGCACCCAUGACGCCAAGCUCUGGCCUAAGGAGAAGUGCUGGCCAAACGACUUCCCCGCAGCCUAAAUCGGGCGUGGUAAGAGAACCCUAAGCGCAGGCAUAAAUGCAAGUUGAGAGUGGUCGGACCUGCAAUAAGUCAUGAUGGAUUCGUAAAGAAUGCGAUAUAUCGGAAAUUUGUUCGUUCUUUCG